AUGAUUCUAACGACGCUCACUCAGCUGGUGCGUCGCAGUCGCAGCUGUCGAGUCUGCUGCUCUGCACGGCGUGGCUUCAGUUCGACAGUGCCCACUGCGCCCUACGACAUCCUCUUUUGCGGCACCGACUCGUUCGCCUCGACCUCUCUCUCGGCCCUUCUUUCCCAUCGCUCGACUCUCUGCUCGUCGCUGCACGUGCUGACGCCUCCAGAUGUUGCCCAAAAAUGGGGCGCAAGUCGAAUGAAGGUGUCUCCCGUCAAGCAGGUCGCUCUCUCCCAAGGGCUGGCGCAUCAGGAUGUGCCUUCCGGCGGCAUGGUCGACUAUACCCCGCCCAGCCAUCUGCAUGACAACCCACAAGCGAUACUGCUCACAUGCUCAUUCGGGCAUUUGAUACCUGAUGAACUGCUAGAUGCGUUCCCGAACCCAUGGCAGAGGAUCAACAUUCAUCCGUCGCUGUUGCCGCAGUUGAGAGGAGCGGCGCCGAUCCAGUGGGCGCUAGCAAGGCGGCUGACUCGGUCGGGGGUGACCAUCCAGACGCUCGAAAAGGGCAAGUUCGAUACGGGCCGGAUUGUCAGUCAGGAAUCCUUUGCUUUUCCUCCAACACCGGUGGAACAGGGAGGAUUCUUGGAGGUGGAACCUGAGAUGGCAACCCGAGCGGCCGACCUGCUCAUCCGCACGCUCCACGAUCUGCCGAACCAUUGGGCCAACAGCUGGGUCCAACCCGAAGACGAGCGGACAUACGCACCCAAGCUCAAACUCCAAAACAGCGUCAUCCGAUGGGACGCAUGGUCGGCAGCAGAUGUCGUGGCGAGAGAACGAGGGUUCGCAUACCUCUAUCCGCUAAGUACCACGCUUCAUCCGCCCGACUCACCCACCCACCCCAACCUCAAUUUCCACCCGGUCGCCGUUCAUCUCUCGAACACCUCCGCAAUUCCGAUGGAGGAGCUUCGCAGCGCCGAUCGCAACCUAGCCGCUGUGCUGCUCGCACCUUCGACACCCGUUGGUUCAGCUAUCUACUGCGCGCCACUCGACGCGGUGCUCGUCAAGACCCACGCCGAGGUGUUGGCAGUCCGAUCCUUAAAGGUGGCGAACAAAAGGCCCAAGGACGCACACGACUGGUGGCGAGGCUAUCGGGAUCGUGUUGACCCACGAACGGGACUCUUAUGCUUUCGAUGA